GCCGGUGACGGGCUCGGACCGGCGAUUUGCGCUGUUCCUAGGAGUGUUUUAAUCAGUGUCCUUGACUAGCGAAUGUCACGCUUCGAAAAUCGAUAGGAUUUCAUGGCUCUUUCAUUGGCAGGCGCCACUAGUUUUUGUGUUUGCCGGUCGCAUCUUCUAUUUUAUUGUCCGUCGGAAUAUUAUGGCAACGGAAGUCUGCGGCAGACUUUGCUUACGUGAUUAGCCUGUGGUAUUCGUUAUUUUUUUGCCGGUUGGUGUUUGGUCGCGGAUGAAUGUCGUUCGUUCGUGACAAUGACGUCAAAUUGAACCAAUCAAUCGAUGCUCUUAGUGAUAAGAUUCACGUCACUGCGGAGGAGACCACCCAGUUAUUUAAACUGAUGAAGGGCAUGUCGUGUGAAAAUCGUUUCAGUCUGAAACAUUAAUUGCAUGCAAUCAUUUUUUUUAUACGGCGAUCGCGUGCAGGAUAAAAGCCCGCAGUCAAAGCGCAGACCGGCCAGUAGAAGAAAAGCGUAACAUAAUGUGUGAAUGAAACAAAACAAUAAACCAUUUGUGGCGUUCGUAACAGACGAAGAUUCACCAUCGAUUGACUCAACAUACAUACUUCUGAACAUGAUGCAAAUUGACUUCAAUUGGUUCGUUAUGCGAAAAUUUAGGUUACAACAUAGUUCGAAUCGGCUUAGGAUUGAAUUGAUUAAGGCCUAACACUAUAAUCAAAUCAUACUCAUUAGAACAGUGUUCCAGUUUUACGCAGAAUUUUGUUGCACCCCAUGAUUUAGUUCGCCGCAGAGAUAAUCACCAGUAAGCUUGUUUAGAACUGGAAUAGCAAUCACUAUUUUCGUUCCCAGCAGUGGCUAGAAGAGCGCCAGGGGGGAAAACACGCGCUCGUUUCAGAUUAAGUUCAGUGAGAUUAGCGCCAGUAAAUGAUCGCAUUUCCGUUCAAAGUCCUCAGUAGAGUAACGCAGCGGUAGCACGCCGUUCAGUUGGGGCGUAUCACCGAUCCAUAAAAGCCAGUCGUCAGUUCAAGUGAAAAAAAUGAAAAUUUUCUACCGAAAGAAGUGCGGCUUCCUGCUGAUCCUCGUGUUCGGCCUGCUGUUCCUUGGCUGGAACAAUCUGUAUUUGUUCCACGCGCCGCGCCUGAAGCGAAAGGUGCUCGACCUGAAUCGGAGGGCCAGUUUGGCCCUCUUGGUCGACCACUGGCAGCAACUGAUCGGCGAUAAAUACGCAGCGCUGCCCACCGUAGCCGACAACGGAACCGGUACCGCCUCCUUCCAGCGCCAUUAUUUCAACUUGGAGCAGAGCGAUCGGAUUGGCAUCAAUCGAUCGCUGCCGGACACACGACAUGCAAAUUGCAAAUCUCGAACCUACUUAACAAACCGGGGGACGACAUCGGUAAUAAUCACCUUCCACAAUGAGGCCACAUCGGCGUUACUGCGGACGAUUGUCAGCCUGCUGCAGCGAACCCCAGCCGAGCUACUGCACGAAAUUAUCGUCAUCGACGAUGGCAGCAGCACCCUGGAGGACAAUCUGGACUUUCUGAAUCGCAUCCCGUUCGUCCGCUUCCACCGGAACUACGUUCGCGAGGGGUUGAUUCGUUCCAGAAAUAUUGGCGUGGCCUAUGCCAGUGGGGAUUACGUGGUUUUUCUUGACAGCCACUGCGAGGUGAAUCGCGGAUGGUUGGAACCGCUGCUCGAUCGGUUGGCCAUCGAUGGCAGCGCCAUACUGAGUCCGGUCAUUGACAUCAUCGAUCCGGACUCGUUCCAGUAUCGGCCGAACUCAGCACGACUGCGGGGUGGCUUCGAUUGGAGCUUGCAUUUUCGGUGGCUUCCGGUGGGUGAGGAAGAACUGGAACAUAGAAACUAUGACGAAUCGUUGCCGUUCUACAGUCCGGCAACCUCCGGUGGAGUGUUUAUCAUUUCAAAAGCUUUGUUUCAGCAGCUCGGAGGUUUCGAUGGCGGUAUGGAGAUCUGGGGAGGCGAAGCGCUAGAAUUUUCUCUGAAGUCGUGGCUUUGUGGAGCUCAUAUUGAAGUGGUGCCUUGCUCUAGGGUUGGACACGUGUUUCGUCGAAAACAUCCGUACGGAUUUCCGCUAGGCAGCACCGCUACUUAUCUUAGGAAUUCGAAACGUAUAGCAACUGUCUGGUUGGACGAGUUCAAGAACUUCUUCUACGAAACCCGACCGGAUGCAGUCCAACUGAACGUGGGUUCCGUUUCGGAACUACAGAAUCUCCGACGUCGAUUGAAUUGUCGCAAAUUUAGUUGGUAUCUGCAAAACGUGUUUGUUGGUUUGAAACUCCCCAACCAGAAUAAUGUCGCUUUCGGGCACCUGCGGCACGGAGAUCGUUGUCUGGAUGUGAAGCUGAAGUUCAACAGAAAGCCUCGGCAGCACAGUAAAUCUGCUGAGGAGAAUGAUGUGAUUUUGAUUGACUGCAGCAAGGAUGAUUCGGAAGGGAUAGCAACUAAAUGGUCGCUGAGUAAGAAAAGUGGCCAGCUUAGAACCGAUUCUGGUGCCUGUUUAAGCGUUAAAGACCGGCGUGUCAUGCUAGAGCAAUGUGAGGAGGUCGAGAAGCUCAGUCACCAACAGGAACAUCGGUGGAUCCGGAUGGGGGGCACGCUGGUGCACAGCAACAGUGGAAUGUGCCUGGAAAAUCUGGUCAGCACGGAUGUUGGUGCCAGUGAGUGCCGAGUGGGUGCUCCUAGUCAGCUGUGGAGCUUCUCGCUGGAGAUACAACAGAUGGUGUAGAGUGACGUGACAGUGUUUCUAUGCUUUUAUGCUAUUAAAUUUUGCUCUCAGAAUUGUUGA